CACUCUCUGUGGUUCUUCCCAUUUGUAAUUUGGUACUUUAUUACAGUGUGGGGGAAUAUUUCAUUUAAAAGCACUUUUAAGAACAAACGUCUCACAGCACAUUAAUAUAAACUCAGGUCUAUACCCAUAAAUAGCAAGCAAGAAAAAUCACAAAGGCGGAGGAAGAGGGACUUUUAUUUUGACGUAAAUGUAGGGGCCUCGUUUUCGUGGCUUCGUUUUUUCCCCUUUGCACAGUGGAACUUGUCUAUUUACUGCAAUUUGGAACCUUUUGAAUUACUACUAUAAUUAGGAAUCUUCAACAAUUUUCAUGCAAUCAUAUGGGCUAGUGAAAUUUCUGGCAGACACCUCUCAUUCAACUCUUACAGCCUACAGCGUAUUACGCAUUUGACCUUUUUGAGUUUACAACAUGGCUCUCGUGGCUUGCAGAAAUGUUGGGAAAAGCAAUCCCACUGUUACCGUCAGGAACCAAAUUGCUUGUUAUCAACGUUCGAGUUUUAAUGUUGCAGGAAAAAUGCACUACAGCUCUGGAUCUGCGUCUGAUCAAAGACCGAGAGGUCAGACAGUGGUUACUGAGAAGAUAGGUCCAGUGAUUACUGUGGGGAUAAACCGGCCAGAGGUACGCAAUGCCAUGAACCAAGAGACCGCUCAGAGGUUAACCGAGGAGCUUUCAGCCUUCGACCAGGAUGACACCCUCAGUGUAGCAGUGCUCCACGGAAUAGGAGGCAAUUUCUGUGCUGGUUAUGAUCUUAAGGAACUUUCCCAGGGCUCCGCCUCCCUCAUGCUGGAUGGCAUUACCCAAGGUCCUGCUCCGAUGGGUCCCUCUCGUAUGAUUGCAGCAGUGAGUGGCUAUGCUGUGGCAGGGGGACUAGAGUUGGCUCUGCUGGCUGAUCUCAGGGUACUGGAAGAGAGUGCUAUUAUGGGGGUAUUCUGCCACAGAUUUGGUGUGCCUCUGAUCGAUGGGGGUACUGUGCGACUGCCGCAGCUGAUUGGAUUGUCUCGAGCCCUGGACCUCAUUUUGACUGGCAGGCCUAUAGGUGCUCAGGAAGCACUGGCAUUUGGAGUGGCAAACAGAGUAGUGCCUACUGGGCAAGCCUUACAGAGAGCUAUUGAACUUGCUGAGCAGAUCAGCUCCUUUCCUCAGCUCUGUCUCCGUGCUGACCGCAACUCCGCCUACAAUGCUACCUUUGACUCCACCUCCUUUAACCAGGCCAUGCAAUAUGAGACAGACCAUGGCCUGCCAAUCAUCCCGACUGAAUCUGACUCAGCGAACAAGUUUAGCUGUGGUGCUGGUAGAGGCGGGAAGUUUUUUUAAAUAACAUCGAAAAAAAAACGUUCAUAUCAAAUUAAACUUUUUUUUUUUUUUUACUAUAUGCAUGUUAAAAGUGGAACACUGUCUGCCUUUUUGCUAUUUUAUUUAAAAAAAAACAAUUUUAGAUUUAGAUUUGUUAAAGUGAACAGCACCUUAGCAAAAAUUGAGACUUGAUAAUAAAUUUUUGCUUCCUUUAUAAGAUUGUUGGUGAUUAUAUGUGUUGUUAAUAAACUGCUUCCUUUAA